AAGUUCAAAAGAUGGAUCACUGCAUACACACGCUCAGCUCAGGACUAACAAUUCCAUGUGGAUAGUUCAACCAUCUUCUUCUGCUCCGCUUUCCCUUUCCGCCCGAAACCAAAACGCAAACUGGGCGGAGAAGGUGAUCAGCUAAUGCCAACGUAAGCGAACGCGCGCAGCACGUGGUCAUGGGGUAAGCGAAACGGCCAGAACUUGGCAUGCCCUUGCAAAUGCAGAUUGUCCGCACCGACCGUCAUGGCUGACGAGUACGAAUCCGUUCUUCUUGUCAUAAGGGAGUGUUAUGUUUACAGGGUUCCUCCGCGUUCGUCAACCCGAGGAUACAGAGCAUCAGACUGGGAUGUGAACCAACAUUUGUGGACUGGGCGGCUGCGGGUCAUAGCCAAGGGUGAUAAUGCUGUUAUUCAAUUGGAGGACGCAAAUACAGGCGACAUAUUUGCGGUCUCCCCUUAUGAUCCCCAAAGCAAUAGCGUAGAACCAGUGCUAGACUCUAGCAGAUAUUUUGUUCUCAGGAUCGUUGAUCCAUCAUCCGGUCACCAUGCUUUUGUGGGCAUGGGAUUCCCUGACCGAUCUCAAGCAUUUGAUUUUAAUGUUGCCUUGCAGGAUCACGUAACGCGCGUCAAGCGAGAAAAAGAAAAAGAGCAGCAUCAACCUGGCCAACCCCAAGGUCCAAAGUUAGAUUACAGUUGGAAAGAAGGAGAAACCAUUUCAAUUCAGCUUGGCAAUACUUCAACAAAAUCCAAAAGAGCGCCGGCAAACAACAGCAAUGCUAACACACCUAUACCCUUCCUACCCCCUCCACCAAGCGCUACAAAGCCAGCUACACCGUUGAAAUCACAGCAGUCAAUAGCAAGCAAGCCAUCACAACCGAAUAGCGGGGACGAGUGGUCCGACUUUACGGAUUUCGUGUCAUCGUCGAACACGUCGACGGGAAACCAGGCACAGUCGGAGCAGACGACACCAGCAAAUGUCCCAUCUGGUUGGACCACAUUUUGAUCUUGGUGGUAAUAGAACUUGUCCUCUAAAAUACUCUAUAUGCGGAAUAUUUAACAGCCGUCGUGCUUUGAGCACGGUUUCGGACUAUGAGCAUAAGUGCAGAUCCAGUCAGCUUGGUAGAUAGGUUCUUCAAAGCAUGCUAUUUCAAACACAACUACCCGACCUGAGCAAUCGCUAUACUACAUUUGUCCUCG